AUGCGUCUUCUACUGCUCAUAGUCGCACAAAUAUCGAUAACAUAUUGCGCACCCGUCCGACCUACUCAAUCUCUAGACUUCUCGUCAUACGGCCUGACACGGCGCGCCGACCCUUCAUUGACAAAUUACUUGGGCGUUUUCUUCCUAGGCGACAAACCAUCCGUGUACCUCUACCUAUCCAACGGCAAUAAUGCGAUCAGUCUGAAAGCGUUGAACAAGGGAAACCCCGUGAUUAGCCCUACCAAAGGCACUCAAGGCGUGCGCGACCCCUCUAUUAUCACCGGCGGCGGCGCCGAAGCAGGCAAGAUAUGGUACAUUAUCGGCACUGACCUCAACAUUGGGAAGACAACAUGGGACGCCUCACAGCGAACUGGUAGCCGGGGGAUCUUUGUCUGGGAAUCGACGGACCUAGUGAGCUGGACGAACGAGCGUCUGGUGGUAGUGGAGGACACAUCUGCGGGUAUGGUCUGGGCGCCCACCGCUAUAUGGGAUGAUACGAAGUCGCAGUACGCUGUGUUCUGGGCAUCUAAGUUCUACGCCGCCUCCGAUUCAAAACAUACGGGCACCCCAUCCGCGAUUCGUAUCCGCACGGCGUACACUUAUGACUUCAAGACCUUCACGACGCCGAAGGAUUACAUCAACUAUAGCCCAACUAAUAUCAUCGACAUCGACAUUCUGCCUCUCGGUAACAACACAUAUACCCGCUUCCUCAAGGACGAGACCGCCAAAACCGUUUUCACCGAGAUAUCUACCACAGGCUUGUUCGGCACGUGGACUCGGCCGGGCGGGAGCAAUGCCAUUAUCGAGAAGAGUGUGGAAGGACCAGCAAGCUACUGGGAUAAUCAGGUCGCUGGGAAGGCGCAUUUAUUACUUGACUUUUAUGGAGGUGAUGGGUACCACCCUUACGAAAGUGCGGAUGUUAAGAGCGGGAAGUGGACUGCUAGCGAUAAGAGCACUUUUCCAAAGAACCUGCGACACGGUAGCGUGCUGCCUGUUACAGACGCGCAAGGUAAGGCUGUGAGUGCGAAGUGGCCCAUGUAA